AUGACCGAGCAGAGGCUGCUUUUCAUGGAUAUUGAACCAAAGGCAAACGGCUCCACUCCUGUUGACGACAGAGGGAAGCCCAUCUUGUCUCCAAGUGACAACACCUUUAAAUUUGACUUCCUCUGUGACACAUCUCCAGCACUUCAGGAGAAAACCUCUCCAUCAGAGGGGACUGAACCAGCAGAGAGUCAGAUAUCCUUUACAGGACAGAGCUCUGCAUUUACCUUCAACUUUCAACUACCUCCUGUGGAAAACAUGGACACAACGGAGACCACUUCCUCUACAGGCAGCAGCCCGUGUGUCCAAGAGGAAAAGCCUCCCCUGUUGCAGGAGGUCAUCUCUCCCCCGUAGCAAUCAGAAGCAAAGCAGAAGAAGAAGAAAAAUAAAUCUGGGAAGAAAAACCCUGCAGAUAAGACGGAGGGACAGAAGACACCAAGUUCAGCUGAGGGGAGUGAAGGAGGCGAGGACACAGCGCUGAGUGCGGAGGAGCAGCUGAACAGGCAGCUGGACUGGUGCAUCCGAGCAGCUGGAGUCAGGAAUGAUAGUCCCAGAAAGUCACCACCCAAACAGAAGGAUGAAGCCUCUCGAGCCCUGAAGACUCUGCGAAGCACCAAAGCUCCUCUGGCCAAGAAGAGGCAGGUGAUGAGAGCCAUGACCGGAGAUUACAGGAAGAAAAUGGACCAGGAGAAAAGCAAGCAGCACAAACUUAUCAAAACCGAGCUUGCCUCAGCUAAGGUCAAAGAAGUGUCCGACACUCCAAAGAAGUCUGUUUUCCACCGGAGAGCUGACGUAAAAACCCAGACACCCUCCACAGAGGAUAACCUGAAACAACCUGAAGCCCAGGAUAAAGACCUGAAAGCACAGACGCAAGAGGAGAAGUCAGCUUGUGUCUUUACUCCAUCAAAGGAGGAGUUUUCGCUCGAUUUUAUCUGA